AUUUUGACUGGAAGGACGGUCACGUGACCGCUCCGGUGGUUUGUCUGUCCCCGCGCGGGGAGAGAGGGGGCGUUCGGCUAGACUUACGACAACAGCUAAGCGGGAUGUGUCUGUGUUAUGGCCGACGCUUUUCGGCGGAAUUGUGAGUAGAUGCGACACAUGAGAACAGUUCGGGUAAGGGUGUCGGGGGUUGGUGAAAUUUCGGUUGUACUUGCAACGUUCUCCACUGUGAAAUCGCCGCGGAAAUUAGGUUUUUUGGCGUAAUUAAGUCAAAGAGAUCUGCGAGGAUUCGUCGUCCGGAGUGUAACUUGGCUCUUCAUGGUGUUACGUGCUGGACUGUCGUUAUCGUUACGCAUGGAAAACGCAUUAAGCCCGGAGAUUGGAUGUUUAUGACAGUCUUGAAAAUUUCUUGCUAAUCGAAGCAGACAAAAUGUGAUACAAACUGCACCGACUGUCUCGUGUUAAGCUCAAACCAAUAAAAGACACCGCAAAAACGCAAUAAGAUGGAACUGACGCCGCACCUGAAGAGCGUGCUCAUCAAUUACCAACACAGUGCCACCAAAAGCCUACAGGGACCAGGUCUGUCGCUGGUGAAACCCAAGGGGGACUUAGACUCGCCGGAGAUCAAGGAAGAAGAAUACGUGAAAUCCUUCCCGGUGGUGCAGCAAAUUCCCAUAUUCACGACACCGGAUCAGACGUGCAGCGAAAGAACAGAGACCAUUCUGCGGAACGAGAGCAUAUCCUGCUUCGAGGUCGGAGGAGAGAAGAGACUGUGCCUCCCGCAAGUUUUAAACAGUGUACUCAGAGACUUCAGUUUGCAGCAGAUCAACCAGCAAUGCGACGAACUACAGAUAUACUGCUCGCGUUGCACGCCAGAACAGCUCAACGUGCUGAAGAGCCACAGGAUCCUGCCGAACACAGCUCCCAGCUGCGGUCUGAUAACGAAAACGGACGCGGAACGAUUGUGCAGUGCACUGCUGCAGGGCAGCCAAACGAACACGCCUAUCGUGCAUAGGAAAAACGCGCUGUCGUUCAGCAUAUAUCACGAAUGCUUCGGGAAAUGUCAGGGUAUCUGUUUUCCCGAGUUGUACACGUCGAAGAAUGCAAAGUGCAUAGAGUGCGUCGAUUGUCGGUUCGGUUUCUCGCCGCAGCAGUUUGUAUGUCACGCGCACCGCAACCUGGAGAACAGAACGGUACACUGGGGAUUCGAAUCGAGCAAGUGGCGGAGUUACAUAUUGGUCCCCAAGGACCAGCCCGAUUACGAACAGAGGGUGAAGUAUCUGGACGACAUGAUGUUGAUGUACGAGGAGAAAAUGGCUUUCCCGCCGCCGCAGGCAGUCGAGCCGGUCAACCAUAGAAAACAGAUACUGGCUUCAGAGCUCAUAAGAAAUCACGAACUUCCCCUGAAGAAACAGAAGCUCCAAGAAUAUUCCCAUCUUCUUCCACCGUACAACAUGCAGAUUCAGCAGAUCUACGCGUCCCUGGACCCCUAUUACAAUCCAUACGUUCCGGAUCUUGCGAAUUUGCGACACAUAUCUGCCUUCAGGCCGGUACCGUCGAUCUCCGAGACUAAAAUCAAGAAAACCGGCCAAUACGCUGAUCCACCAGUUCUUCAACAUCCGGAAAAAGUUGUGCCAUUAUCAGAAUCUGAACGAUUCAACGGAACCUACCAGCCUAAUGUGGCGUUGGCACCAACACCCAAAAAACACCUGCUAUAUGGAAAAACCUCAAUCUCGAUAAAUGAUGCGAUCAAGUCAGAUCUCAAACAGAGGGCGCUGAUGGCUAACGGCAAGGUUAGGAAAGAAGUUGAGGAACUGAACGAGUAUGCGGCUAGGGUUCAACAGUUUUUGCCAAAAGAAAACAAUUCGCCAUACAGGAUGAACAGUGAGAUGGACCUUUCUUCGGACACGGAAGACAGUGCUUCUGAAACCUCAGAUAGACCAACAGACUUCAGACUUUUCGAUGACCUUCUCAAAAACUACGACGCCUCCCCUAGGCGUAAAAUUUCAAGGUUAGUGGCUGAUCUAAUCAGGGAAAGGGACAUGUUAGCCGAAAAACUGAGAGAAAAAGACGAGAUCAUCAAGGGUCUACGAGGGAAAGUCGAGAACGACGAACAAAAGACAAAGGCUGAUAAGAAACUCGAGGUAAAAGUUGAGGAAAAACAAGAAAACGGAACCGCUGACACUGUCAAAGUUGAAAGUGCAGCCGAUGACGUUGAAUCGGUUAAACAGGAAGAACCGGAACAGACUCAAACAAGUGUGAUAGUUUCUGCGGAAUCUGAGACGAAAAAUCCCCCCCAAUGAUCCGUUAUUGUUAAGUGCAGUCGAAAAAAUUGUAUAGUUAAAAGUUGUCCACAAUGAGCGGAGAUUGGAGAUGUUCACACCAACUCAUUUGGCCAGUACUAUAUUGGUGUGAACCUUGAAGGUUUUUUGGCACUAUGGGGCAUUAGGAUUUACGUCACUUUUGAGGCAAACAAACCAUCUAUGACAUUUGUGAUCACAAAACUUGAAUCUGUACGAUAAUAGUCAGUAUUCUAUCAUACCUCACUAUCAUAUCAACACUGUGGGAUGAAUAAUAUUCACUGAACGACAUUUCCUCAAAAAUUGAUAAGGUUUCAUGCAAAAACCACUUGUAAUCACUAAUUGAAACACGUUUGUGCCUCUUAGAGGUCUGUCAAAGUCAGCUGAUCCGAAAUGCCCUAUCUGCCAAGGUCUGCAGGAUGUUUAAUUACAUCUAUGGAACUAUUAGAUUCCUUAAACAAACUCCUUCCACAUGAAUGGAGGAGUUUUGAUAUUCGUAAUCAAUACAUUUUCACUAAAGUUAUCAUUAUUCAGAUUUUACAACAAACUUUUAUGGGCUAACUUCAAACUAUUGAUAAUAGAUUAUUACAAAACUGAAUGUAUAGAAAUGUUUGGUACAAUCGUCUUCGAAUCAAAUGAAGACAGAUAUUCUACCAAAAAUUCUUCAAGAAAAAUGAUUUUAACAGAAUCAAAAAGGUGUUCUAAAACUCACUACAGAUGAUAGGAUUUGAAGUCGCCUCAUAUAAUAAAUAAAAUAAAUGAAAUAGCCUAAAACAAUAUUUGAAAAGAAAAUAUACAGUUUCUAACAUCAUGAAAUAUACAUAACCAAAUAUUUUCAUCAUUUAUGUAUGUAUGGAAUCAUUGUUUUAUUAUGUCAAACAUCAUUUUGCUCAAUUCUAAACAAAAAGAAAUUCUAAUGCAUACUAUAGUCUAUGUGAUGUAAUCAAAUUAGCAAAACUCAGCUAUGCAGAACCAAGAUAUUGAAUUGUUAUUUUGCCGAUGAAUAUAAUCUGAAUCAUUGUGGACAUACUUACUGAUCAAAUUGUAAAGUGGCAAAAGUACUAAUAAAAUGAGUCCACUUAAAUAUUGAAAAAUCCAUGAAUUUUACAUUAAAGCUUCAACCAAAUUGGUGAUCUGUAUUUGCUGGGUUCUCCAAACCCAGCACUAUUUAAUGUAAAAUAUUAAUCAAAUUCCUUGUUUCGUUUGAUGAAUCUUCCCUACUGUUGAAAAAACAUUGCACCUGUAUUAUAGUCUCAUAAUUCUGAAUUGUUCUUGUUCUAUACCUAUUUGUUUUAUUUUCAUUUUUUUUGAGAUUGUUAUGAUGAUUAUUUUCAUGAAUUAUAAAGUACAAAAAAGGUGCUCGAUGCUACCUUUCUAAUAUUUUUAAUAUCUAUUAGUGUUUUCUAGACAACACUUUCUUGCCAUGAUUGAGAUGUUUUUAUUGCUUUGUGGUUGCAAUUUUUGAAGAAACUGGGUGCCUAUUAUCGUAUUGUAUAAAUUCCAAAUUGACUUCGUUUGGGAUAGAAUAGGAUUGUAUAUAAAAAUUUUAAGUUGGAUUAUUAGAUGAUCGUUUUUUGAAAAGUCUUUCAUAAAAGUUAAACUUUUCUAGUUUAUGGAGGAAAUUAGGAAAAAAUUUUCGUCUUUUUUUUGUGAUGAACAAUGAGAAAUUUGACCAAAAUUGUAUUUACUCAGGUACAUUGAACAAUCGUAAUUUGGAGUGCGCAGGUCGCUUAUCUGUUUGUGCAACCACAUUUUUAUUGUACAUAGCGAAUUGAAAAUUUUAUGAAUAAUGAAACCUGUCUUGAGUAGAUCAUAUAAUAUUAUGAUUUUUGAGUUUUAUCGAAUUUUGUUCUGUAAAUUUUCCUGAAUAUUCUGAUUCCACAUAAGUAUGUGGCGCCUGUAGGAUACUAUGUGUACAUAACUGAGCAUUGUAAUUAUAAGUAUGUAACUGAUUUUGAUUAAUAUUCAACUGGCGCUUAAUGUACAAAAAAUCCUUUGGUUUGGUAGUAGUAUCUGUGGUACUUUACCAGGAAUGAUGUUCCAAAACUUAGAAGUCUAUUGCCAAGGUGAUUCAUACAAUCAUAAAUGAUGCCAAUGCAAUAUUAUCUAGUGAAGUACUGCAAUUUUAAGUAUAAAGUCAUACAAAAUCGGAUAGGAAUCACUACCAAAUUACAAAUGAUACUCUUUAUUGCUACAAGACAUUAUCUGCUGAAGAUUUGCUGGACUUCAAUCUUUUCAUUUCCCAUCAUAUAACUCAUUUACAGUUACAUGGAUAAAUAUUCAUGCAAUGAAUUGAUCCAUAUGGAAUAUUCUUUCUGCUCUUUACAAAUAUCCAUCUGCAGUAUGCAAUAUUAAGAUUAUGAAAAUCUAUGAAACCACAACUUAUGUAUUUAAAAGUGCAGAAUGCCAGUAAUAAUACCAAAAAGGCAUGGAAAAUGAAUAGAGACUGAUCUUCUCAUAACGAUCAAUUUUCAUUAGAUAUUGUAAUGAUGAUUUUGAUAUUAGUUAUUGUCUUUGAAUCGAAAACUUCCAAAUUAGUGAAAAUGUACUGCGGUCUUCAUCCAUGUAACUGAUUUCUCAUUUAAAUGGAAUAACAUCAAUUUGAAAUCGAAGGAGAAAAAAAACUGAAUCAUUGCUAUAAAUUGCAAAAAUCUAUACUGCCGAAUUAACAAGAGCAAUACAUCCGAGUUUUUUACAUUCAUGUUAUUCCUCAAAAAUCUUUUUCUUAAAAGUGACUUGUUGAAUUUGUUAUUGGUUAUAUAUAUUUAUAUAUAUUUUGUGAUCUCACAAUAAGAUUUAUUGUUACAUAAUAUUGAAUAAAAUAGAUAAGUGUGUGUUACUUGCAAAAUAGAGGUAUAUUGUGAAAAUAUACAAGAUUAUUUCAUUAAUAUAUAUUUCUGAAUUUUAUGUGUCAAAUAAAUGCAUUAAUUUAUAAAA